CAUCACCCGCCAACCUCCUUCCCUAUGUCCACCUUGAGCACCUUCACGAGCUCGCCCGCGCCCUCGCCCAGGAUUCCCUUCCACCACCCGUCCUACUCGACGUCGGCGGCCACCCGCUCGACGGCCACGCCCACGAGCCGUCACUCUCCGCGAGCCUCGUUUGCGAGCUCACCCCGCCGUCCGUUCAAUGCGCCGAGCACAUCCUCAGCUGCCCCCAAUCACCCUACGAAGCUGCAGUGCCCCGACAGCGCAUCACCCGUAGUUGGUGGAGCGUAUGUCAGUACCGGAACGCAGUACAGUCCGGACGGUCUCCCACCGACGGCAGGGCCAAAGCUGGCUGCCGCAGUGGGGAAGCCUCCGGGCUCAACAACGAGUGGGAGCGGCGGCGGUGGCGGCAGUGGCAGCGGCAUCGGUGUGAGAAAGCGGAAGGAAUCGUCGAGGUCUCCAGACUCCUCUCCGGACUUGAUGAGCAGUACCGGCGCCUCGACUGGCGCCCCACCACGAGCACAACGAGAAACAGAUGAAGAUCCACCCAGGUCAGACCCAGCCCGAUCAAGAUCUGGAAGCGCGAGUGCCUUCUCGCCUCAGCUCCAGGAGGCACGAUCCACACAUGGCCAUUCCGCAGCGCCCAAGAGACAAAAGGCGGAACCAGGAUCGCUGAAGAUCAUGCCACUCAGUUACGAACUAGCCAGCACCAAAGACCUCGGGGUCUUGGUUGCUAAUAUGCUCAUGGAGCUUAUUCGGAUCAACGAUCAGAUUCCGCUCCGUGACGGCAGAUUGACGAGGUUCCAUUCCAGAGCACCGCCUGGAAUCAGCAUAUCAGACUAUCUACAGCGGCUGAUUCUGCAUGCAACCUUGUCGCCGCCCAUACUACUGAGUAUGGUAUACUACAUCGAUCGUCUAUGUACUAUGUAUCCGGCAUUCACAAUCAACAGCUUGACAGUGCACCGAUUCCUGAUUACGGCAGCGACCGUGGCCGCCAAAGGUCUUAGCGACUCAUUUUGGACGAACCCCACGUAUGCUCGGAUAGGAGGCAUACCUGUGUCUGAAUUGGCGACGUUGGAGCUGGAGUUGCUGCAGCGAGUGGACUGGAAGAUUGUGCCCAAACCAGAGACGCUUGAAGAGUACUACUCUAGCUUAGUAGACCGAACAGACGGCUUUGUGAUGGAGUCUGCCAGUCCAGGGUCGGAUAUCAGCAGCUUGCCCGAAAGCGAGGCGGGCAAGAAAGCGGACGAGGCGAUGGGUGAAGGCGACAGAUGAAUCGGAUAUCAAAACUGGGAAUAUAUGACCAGCAUAGAUGUGGCCCUGAGCAGACGACGCGAUCGAUGGACGCGCUCCAUCCGAGAGCGAGCAAGGUCAGGGCAAUGGCUCUCAAGAGCAGUAUAAAAGCAAGUGGCCAGAAGAGACGUUUUUUUCUGCACUACUUGGCUUUGCCAGUAGAUGCGCAGAAGAAAAGCUAUCACCUCGCGCAGGCUGAGUCCAUACAGCAUGGGCGAUGCAAAAAGAUCUGACUCCAGAUGGAGUUGGAACGAAUGGGCAUAAGGAACGGCAGGGGUUUGCCUCGUCUUUGAGCCUGGCCGUUGAUCUGUGAGCUGCAUGCGCGGCAGCUCUCACGUAUAGCGAACUCGACCAAUUCGUUGAGCUUCGUAAGGUAUCAAGUCAAUUCUCUACAAACC